AUGGGCAUUGUAGAGAGCUGGAAUGUGGGUCUUGUUGGUGCGAUAAGAUCUUGGUUGAUUAACUUUUCUUUUCAAUUUUUGUGUGGUGUUGCACAUAUUUAUGAUAAGGAAAGGCUUCUAAGGUUUUGGUUUGGACUCAAGCCAGUUGUAUUGUUUUACAAACCAGAAACAGUUGAGGUUAUUCUCAGUAGCAAUGCAUUAAUUGAGAAGACAUUUGCAUAUGAUUUUUUGGCGCCAUGGUUCAAACAAGGCUUAAUAACAAGUUCCGGAAUGAAGUGGAAGAAGCGGAGGAGGCUCCUGACGCCGGCAUUCCACUUCCGCAUACUAGAUGAUUUCUUACCUGUCAUCGACAGCCACGCUCGCUACCUUGCCGAGAAACUGAAGGAUGAAGUGGGCAGCAAAUCUUUCGACCUUGUGCCCUACGUCACGCUCUGCUCGCUCGACAUUCUGUGCGAGACGGCUAUGGGGAAAUAUGUUGGAGCACAAGAGAAAGAUACUCCUUAUGUGAAAGCGUUGAACGCCGCAUCCCAUUUAUUUGGAACCCGAUUCAUGAAACCAUGGCUUUGGCCGGAGUUCAUCUUCAGCAUUACACCUGCAGGUCGAAUAUUUAAAGAAAGUACAGACAUAAUGGAUGCUUUCACCAGAGGAGUUAUUCGAGAGCGGAAGGCAUAUAUUUUAAGAGAAUUGAAAAAAGGUGCAAAUUUGGAUGAGGUAUUCGACAGUGACAAUUUUGGAUCAAAACGGAAAAAAGCAUUCCUUGAUCUCCUGCUAUCAGAACAUUUAGCUGACCCUCGUUUUACAGAAGAAGACAUAACAGAGGAAGUGAACACGUUCAUGUUUGCGGGUCAUGACACAACAGCAGUAGGAAUGAGCUGGGCUCUUUAUCUUAUUGGGCAAGAUCCUAAAGUGCAACGGAAGUGCCAAGAGGAGCUGGAAGAAAUAUUUGGAGAUGAUUAUGAUCGACCCUUCACUAUUGAAGACGUCAAAAAUUUAAAAUAUAUUGAAUGCGUUUUGAAGGAAAGCCAGAGGUUAUAUCCAUCUCUUCCCUAUAUUGGUCGAGAAAUUAGCCAUGAUGUAACAGUUAACGGCUAUAGUAUUCCAACGGGGACAAAUUGUAUGAUAUUCACAUACAUGCUUCAUAGAGAUGAAGAAAUUUUUCCAAAUCCAGAAGUUUUUGAUCCUGACCGGUUUCUUCCAGAAAACUCAGUCGGAAGACACCCGUUCGCUUAUGUUCCUUUUUCAGCUGGGCCUCGAAACUGUAUCGGACAAAGAUUUGCAAUGAUGGAAGAGAAAGUAGUUCUGGCUCAUGUUUUAAUGAAUUAUGAAGUGAAAUCUUUGGUUCCAAGGGAUCAGCUUCAGCUCACAGCUGAAAUGGUCCUACGGUCUCAUAAUGGAAUCAUUGUGCAGAUAACACCAAGAAGAUGAAGUAAAAUAUAUUUAGAACUGUUCUCACUCAGGUUAUAGAGCUUUUUCGUUCACGUAAACAUCAAAUGUUUGAACUUGCGUUGCUUUGCAAAAUGAAAGUGUAUACGUGCCUCAUUUGUUGUAUUGAAUUUGUAAGCGAUUUAGUUUGUCUACUUUCGUCUUCUGUGUUUAGCAAACAUCACUAGACUAUUUUAGUUUAAAAUUGUGCUUUUUAAUUAAUUAUGCUCUGAUUAAACUUGGAAUUUAAAAACAAAUUAUAAUUACAAAAAUUACAAUUUGUUGUGUAAAAUAUUACAAUAAUUACUUGUAUAUUAGUGUAAAAUACUGUUUCAGAAUUGAAAAAUUAUUUUACAGUGUAAUGAAGUUUCUAAACUUUAGAUAUUAAUACACCUUUAUUUAAAAUUAAAACUUAUGAAAGUGUAAAUUUAGAACGAUACAAUGUUUUACAGCUAUAGAAUAUCAAUAAAUGCUGUUUGCAUUUUAAACUCGUAUGACAUAAAAUUUUUUACUCCUGAAAUCUUUUAUUAAAAUGUAAAUAAAGGUUUAUGUUAUUAAUAAACGGAUAAAAAAAGCAUGUAAAAUCACCGUACUGCGCUGACAUUUUUUGUAGAAAAGAAAACCGUAAUUAUGGUUAUUAAUACCAAAAUAUACCGAUAUAAGUUAUUCAUAUGGUAAUUUUUCCGUUCAUAUGGAAACACAUUUAGUAAAAUUAAACUUAAACUGCA